AAUUUUGACUAAUUAACUCAUAUUAUUUCUAAUUAUAUUUUAGUAACACUGAAUCGCGACCUAACCUUGAAAAUAACAUCACAAUGGUUCAAUAAGGGGCAAUUUUUAUCAGCGUUUUAAGUGGUUCUCGUGAUUAUAACAAGUAGUUGAAUUCAUUAAGAAGUUAUGUCUGAAAGUGAAGAAAAUCAGGAAAAGCAAUUUUGCGUGGACGUGGCAAAACAAUCUCGUGCAACAUGCAAAAAGUGUAAAGAAAAAUGUUUAACCGGUCAGGUGAGAAUUGCGAAGUUAGCUCCGAGUCCGUUUGGCGCGGGAAAUAUGAAAAACUGGCAUCACCCACAAUGUAUUUUCGAACAAAUUCUAAAACAACGUGUUACAACUAAAAGAAUUGAAAAGCCGGAUGAUUUAGAUGGAUGGAAUGAAUUAGAUGAUGAUAAUAAGGAAAAAAUAUUUAAAUUAAUCGAUGAAAGUAACAAAAAUGUUGCCAAUAAAUAUAACUUAAAAUAUGAACCAUUAAAAAAAUUGGAUGGAAACGUGGAAAAAAUUAAUAAAAAGGAAAUUUCUAAUUCAAUUAAUAAUAAUCGUGAUAUGUCUUUUAGAGAAUUUCGUAGAUUAAUAGCUGAUAUAACAAACGUAAAUAGUUAUAAUGAUAAAACUAAUUUAGUAAAAGAAUUUUUAAAGAAAGGUUCUGAUAAAAACGGGUUUAAAGGUGAUAUUAAACUAUGGGUAAGAUUAUUAUUACCAGGUGUAAUCAAACGGGUUUAUAACCUCCAAAGUAAACAAUUAAUUAAAUUAUUUGCACGAAUUUUAAACAGCUCCCAAGAAGAAAUGUUGGAACAUUUGGAACAAGGUGAUAUUUCAGUUACUAUUUCACAUUUUUACACAAUUAAUAAAGCCCCACCAAAAAAAAGUUGUUUAAAUUUAUCAGAAAUCGAUCAAUUUUUAAACGAUUUAUCCAAGCUAACGAAAGAAGAAGAUCAAAUGGGGCAUUUCGAAGGUAUUUUACCGAAAUGCACCGAAAACGAUUUAAAAACAUUAAUUCGAUUAAUAAAAGGUGAUUUAAGAAUGAAUGCCGGAGCUAAACAUAUUUUAGACGGAGUCCACAAUGACGCUUAUGAAAUGUAUAAAGCUUCGAAAGACAUUGAUUCAGUGUUAAAUCGAUGCUUAGAAGGAGAAUCAUCAAAAGCAAACUUAAAAGCAACAAUAUCCUUGUUAACACCGGUUCAGCCAAUGUUAGCUGAAGCUUGUAAAUCCAUCGAACAAGCUUUUAAAAAAUGCCCAAAUGGAAUGUACUCUGAAAUAAAAUAUGAUGGUGAAAGAGUACAAAUUCAUAAACGUGGAAAUGAAUUCAAAUACUUCUCGAGAGCAUUAAAACCUGUUGUACCACAUAAAGUGGUUCAUUUAAAAAAUUACAUUUCCAAGGCUUUUCCAAAAGGUGAAGAUUUAAUUUUAGAUAGUGAAAUAUUAAUGGUUGAACAUGAAACGGGGAAACCACUUCCAUUUGGAACGCUUGGAAUUCACAAAAAAACCGAAUUUAAAGAUGCUAAUGUUUGCCUUUUCGUUUUCGAUUGUAUCUAUUACAACGGGGAAGAUUUAAUGUCGAAGCCAUUAAAAUUUAGGAAAAACGUUUUAAGAGACAAUAUGAAAGAAAUAAAAAAUCACGUUGUUUUUUCUGAAAUGGAAGAGAUUUAUAAAGUCGAUGAUUUAAAAGCGAUGAUCUCAAAAACUUUAUCUUUAGGUUUAGAGGGAUUGGUUUUGAAAGAUUUAAAAAGUAUUUAUGAACCGGGUAAAAGACAUUGGUUGAAAGUCAAAAAAGACUAUUUAUUUGAUGGGGCGAUGGCUGAUAGUGCAGAUUUAAUUGUUUUAGGGGCCUGGUAUGGUACUGGUAAAAAAGGUGGAAUGAUGUCGAUUUUUCUAAUGGGUUGUUACGAUCCAAAUCGUGAUUAUUUUUGUACUGUUACCAAGGUUCAUACAGGACACGAUGAUAAAACAUUAGAACGGCUUCAAAAUGAACUCGAUAUGAUAAAAAUAAGUGGAGAUAUCAAUAAAAUACCUAAAUGGUUACGUUGUACGAAAACAAUGAUCCCCGAUUUAGUAGCAAAAGACCCCAAAAACCAACCUGUUUGGGAAAUUACGGGCGCGGAAUUCACUCAACACGAAGUUCACACCGCAAAUGGAAUUUCAAUUCGUUUCCCAAGGGUUACAAAGAUUCGAGAAGAAAAGACUUGGAAAGAGGCAACUAAUUUAAAUGAAUUAGAAAAAUUGAUGGAAGAAUCUAAAACGAAAACUGAUUAUUCGUUAUUAAUGAAUUCAUCCACAUCAUCAAUAACGUCUGUGAAUACAUCACCAUGUAGUAGUAGUAGCAGUAGUAAAGAAAAGAAUAGUCCAAAGAAACGUAAAUUAGAAAACAUAGAUAAUAAUAAUAAAAAGAAAAUUAACACCGUAAGCUUAGAUUCUAACCUUUUUGAAAACGUUAAAUUAUUGUGUGUUCCUGAAGCAUUUAAGUUUCGAAUUGAGAUUAUUGAGAGAUUUAAGAAAAACGGUGGUGUUAUUCUCGAUGAGGAUAAUUGGAAGCAAGCAACACAUGUUUUGCAUCACUAUGAUCAUGACAUAAAUGAUCCUGAGAAUAUGUUGUAUCCAAAAACUGCCAAACAUGUUAUUUCUGAGUGGUUGGAAGAUAGUUUAUACGAAAAUAAAUUGGUUGAUGUUCGCGAAUAUUAUGUUCGGUGGAAAUCUACCAUUCACCGAAAUGAUGAUUCCGAUCAAGAAUUUCAUUUGAAAUAAUUAUUGAACUUAUUAAUUUAUUAAAAACUAUUACCCAGA